AAUGGAACGCGUUGUUUCGUCUCGAUUCUUCAUUUCUCUAUCUCUCUGUUUCUCUCUUCCUUCUCUCCUCUCCAGGCGAUCGAGAAGGCAAUAUAUCUUCUUCGCCGUGGCUGUUCUUCUUCUCGGUGGCUCUCUAGGCGGGUCUUGUUGACGAAGGAAAACGGAAUCCCCUCUAUCGGUUGGUCUCAUCGGCGAAGGAUAAUGGCGAGAUCUCUCUUCUUCGUCGUGGCUCUUCUUCUUCUCGGUGGCUGGAAAGAGGCAUGAUCGAAGCUCAAGCUUGGGCUUUGUCUGACAAACCCCCACGAUUGUUCAUAAGGUAAAACCUUUCUCUUUGGUCUUUUCAAUUGUAUAAAAUCAAUCUCUUUGCUCUGUUGAAUAGGAAAGACCAUAGUUUAUAUUCGUUGCUGGGUUGCGAAUUGUUGUUGAAUUUUAUUUCAAUUGUUGGUAAUAAAUAGAUGUUUAAUAAAGUGGUUAGGCAUAGAUAAUGCUUGUCUUAAAUAGAUUAUAGUUAGAUAGAAAUGAAUGGUCUUGUGUGAAGGAGGUGUUAGAUAAAUGUCAAGUCUGUGUUGAAUGCUUGUGAUCAAUGCGUUUAUCUUCUCUUCAGUCUAUAAAAAUAUGAACUUCUCCUCUUUCUUGAAUUCAUUGCAAACCGUGUUCUUCUCCUUCUCAUCUUUCUUGUUUUCAUUCCUUCUCAUCUUUCUUGCUUUCAUUCCCUUCUCAUCUAUGGAUUCCAAUCCAUCUACUGGAACCUCAAAGUUUGUUGAUCUACUUAAUAGUCAACAAACUGUUUCCUUUGGUAACAAUGAAGAUAGUGUUGAACUAUCUUCAUCGCAAGUUCCUUUCCUAGGCAGUAAACUAAACGAAGCCUCAAGUCAUGCAGCGGCAAAAGAACGACAGAAAUGGACACCACAAGAUGAUAUUGUCCUCAUCAGCUCGUGGUUAAACACGAGCAAAGAUGCUGUGGUUGGCAACGACCAAAAAGCAGGGAGGUUUUGGGCUAGAGUUUCUGCCUACUUUGAGGCAAGUCAUAAUGCACAGAGAGAGCCAAGCCACUGCAAGCAGCGUUGGCACAGGAUCAAUGACCUUGUGUCAAAGUUCUCUGGAGCGUAUGAUGCUGCUACUAGAGAGAAAAGUAGUGGGCAAAAUGAGAAUGAUGUUGUCAAAUUAGCUCAUCAAAUAUUCUACAACAAUCAUCAGAAGAGAUUCACUCUAGAACACGCAUGGAAGGAGCUAAGAAACGACCAGAAGUGGUGUGACCUUACUUCUGCUAAAAACGAUGGGAGUUCAAAGAAGAGGAAGUGUGAGGAUCCUGCAGAUUCAUCAACCCAUGAAGCCACUGAUAGCAAGCGUCCCCUUGGUGUUAAGGCCGCAAAGGCGACUGGUAAGAACAAAGAAGUACAGCAGCAUACUAUGAAUGAGUUUCAGAAUAUGUGGACAAUCAGAGAGAAGGAUAUGGCAGUGAAAGAACGUAUGGCUAAGAUGAGUCUGCUUGAGGGUCUUGUUGGACCCGAAUAUGACCCUCAGGUGAGGUACCGAUAAGCGUGAGCUAGCAUGUGGGUUGCGAUAAGCCCAUCAUAACAAAGGGAGCUGAAAGCCGAGCUGACGACUGGACCUGGGAGACAUCAUAGCAGAGGUCACGACAGAAAGUGAGCUAACACCAUAAGAGACUCGGUCAAGAGGAGCCUAAAGCGAGCUCCGUAAUUGAAGCCAAAUAUCUAGGAGAAUAGUUGAAGGGUUGCCAACGAAACCUAGACUAUAUAAAGAUGGAGAAGAUAAAAGACAAAGGGGAUCUCUUUUCCAUAUAUCAACUUUUGUACUAGAUUAAAAGCAUUACGUAUUCUUUAGCAGUCAUCUCAAGAUACAUUCCUUUGUAUUCAUCAUCUUUCAACUCAUCAAUAAAAUCAUAUUCAUUCUUCAAGUUUAUUUACGGGAUUCAGCCCACGAUUCUCAUUCAUCUCUCUUGACCUAACCUAAAUCUAAGAAGUGAAACCUUGUCUCUCACAAUUGGCGCCGUCUGUGGGGACAAAUAAUCGAAUCCCUUUCUCUAAAGCUUAAAGGAUGAAUCCAUUAGACGGAACGAAUCCAUCUAACCCCGAUCAAUCGAACCAGAGCAAUAGCUCACCGAAUCGCACUGCUCCGGGGGCAAAUAACCCGAGAGCCUCCGGAGGGACCAACUCUGGGUCCUCAGCCCUCAAUAACCCAUCGCAUCAAUCCGCUCCGAACCAAACGGAAGAUCAGCUUUCUGAGAUCCGUCGGAUGAUGCUCCAGUUAGUGGACAAAGCUCAAGAGACCGAGCGAACGGUGCAACAGUUAGCCGAACGGCAGCAACAGUUCGAAGAGAUAACCAGAUCUCAAUCCGCAACGACCCAACCGUCCGUCCACCAGGGAAGAGGAGU